CCAAACUCUAAGCCGUUUGCUCCCCAAAGGUUCUGCCCUCUCCGGAGUGCUUGCAAUCCCUUCCUAGGCUCCCUCCUUCGCCAAGGUCUUCAGAAGAGCUGCCGGGCAUUGAGACAGCACCUGUCUCCGCCUCUCCGGCUGGUGCUUUCGGACCGGGCAGUGUUCCUGACCUCUCACCUCCUGCACCUGGCAGCGGCGGGCGGCGCCCUUUGGAGCGGGGCGGGCCCGGGGAGCCGGGUGGCCUCGGGCGCGCGCUCGCUGGCCCUCGCAGCCCGGACAUGGAGCCGAAGGUGUCUCCCAGCGAGGUGCUCAUGAGCCAGGCCGUCCAGCCGGCGCACGCCGACUCCCGCGGCGAGCUGAGCGCGGGGCAGCUGCUCAAGUGGAUGGACACCACCGCCUGCCUGGCGGCUGAAAAGCAUGCUGGGAUUUCCUGCGUUACAGCCUCAAUGGAUGAUGUUCUGUUUGAAGACACAGCGAGGAUUGGACAAAUUAUCACCAUCAGAGCAAAAGUGACCAGAGCGUUCAGCACGAGCAUGGAGAUCAGUAUCAAGGUCAUAGUACAGGACAAGUUCACUGGCACUGAGAAGCUUCUCUGUGUGGCUUUCUCCACGUUUGUAGCUAAACCAGUUGGAGAAGAAAAGGUUCUCCUAAGACCGGUCGUGCUCCAGACAGAGCAGGAGCGCGUGGAGCACAGCCUGGCUGCGGAGAGAAGGAAAGUCCGAUUACAGCACGAGAGCACCGUCAACAACAUCAUGAAGGAGAGCAGCAGGUUCGAAGAUCCCAUUUGUAACAAAGAAGAAGGAACUGCCACCACCACGGGCACCUCCGUUCAGAGCAUCGAACUUGUCCUCCCACCCCACGCGAACCAUCACGGAAACACGUUUGGCGGGCAGAUUAUGGCGUGGAUGGAGACGGUCGCAACUAUUUCUGCAAGCCGCCUGUGUCAUGGGCAUCCCUUUCUGAAGUCUGUGGAUAUGUUUAAAUUCCGGGGGGCAUCCACAGUUGGGGACCGCCUUGUAUUCAGCGCCAUAGUCAACAACACAUUCCAGAACAGUGUGGAGGUUGGAGUGCGCGUUGAGGCCUUUGACUGUCAGGAGUGGGCUGAGGGCCGAGGCCGCCACAUCAACAGCGCUUUUCUCAUUUACAAUGCCGUUGAUGACCAGGAAGAACUCAUCACCUUUCCCAGAAUUCAACCCGUUUCAAAGGAUGAUUUUCGGCGUUAUCAGGGAGCUAUUGCACGAAGGAGAAUUCGCCUAGGCAGGAAAUAUGUUAUUUCUCACAAGAAAGAAGUUACACUCAGCACACAAUGGGAUAUCAGCAAAAAGGGAUUUCUAAGUAACAGCAAUGUGGAGGCUCUCAAAAAUCUGGCAUCCAAAAGCGGUUGGGAGAUUACCACCACCUUGGGGAAGAUAAAAAUAUACACCCUGGAAGAGCAAGAGGCCAUAUCUGUGAAGGUUGAAAAGUAUGUUGGCAGUCCAGCACACAUGGCUUAUCAUCUCUUGUCUGACUUUACAAAGCGGCCUUUGUGGGAUCCUCACUACAUAUCUUGCGAAGUCAUAGACCAGGUGAGUGAGGACGACCAGAUAUAUUACAUCACUUGCUCAGUGGUAAAUGGAGACAAACCCAAAGACCUUGUCGUACUUGUGUCACGAAGAAAGCCUCUCAACAAUGAUAACAUGUACAUCGUGGCUGUGAAGUCAGUUUCCCUGCCGUCCAUCCCACCGUCUCCACAGUACAUCAGGAGCGAGGUCAUAUGUGCUGGAUUUCUCAUCCAGGCUGUUGAUAGCAGUUCGUGCACCGUAGCAUACCUGAACCAGAUGUCAGACAGCAUUCUCCCGUACUUUGCUGGCAAUAUUGGUGGCUGGUCAAAAUCCAUCGAGGAAGCUGCAGCCUCUUGUAUAAGAUUCAUAGAGAAUGCCACUCAUGAUGGACUUAAAAGCGUGUUGUAAACGGCCAACUCAGUUACCUGUAAUUUGAUUUCCCAGGUUUAAUUCCAAGUGUCCUUAGCCCUUUCACUUGGCAAGCUUUGGGGCCAGACAGUGAUUUAAUACCAUCCUAAGCAACAAGGAGUUGUGAAGAUAGAUAUUGAAUACCAAAGUCUUUUCUGGUGAUUUGGAUUCAAACUACAAGAUCUCUAAAGCCCCAUUUACAGACAUUGGGAAAUUGCCUGGAUUCAGUAUUGCAUGAUCUAUAAAAUUUUAAUAUAAAAUGUGUUAAAACUAUCACAGACGUCUCCAGGUUACAGACGCAUAACGUGUAUUCUGCAAUGAUGAGUUUAUAUAAAAUGUGAAAUGGUGGAGGGCUAUUCGCCGGUGGGUGUUAACAUUGUUCUGUGGGCAGCAGACACCUUUGUCAGGGGUCUCUGAGAAGAUGCAUUCCGUGUUUUAGACUUUAAAUUAGAAAGCAUUAAAACAUAAUGGAAGCCAAUCAAUUUCAGCAAUAGGAACUAUUUCACUCUUGUCAUCUUACAUACAUUCUGGUUAGACGGCCAAUUUAGUGUCUAUUUCUAUAUAUAUGCCCGCCAAGCACCUGUAAAGUGUGAUAUUACAAAGAGGAUAUUAACUGAGUUCUUCAUAUCUAUCCCAUUAGCACUUUAUCCCCUAGACGUCAACAUUUUUCAUUCUACACCCUGAGGUGUCUUAACUCCUGAGACAAAACAGAAUGUGUCAGGUGGGCCUCCUUCAAAGGAUGACUUUUACAAAUUGAAGGAGAUCUCCAUGAGUGUUGAGAGCACAGACAGGUUAGGCUAAGCCGCUGUGAGCUCACCACAUCUCUCCCUCUGCGUGCCGCCUCCUGCUUUUCCCUUGCAUAUCCUAGGGCUGGUCAGUUUUUAUGUUUACCUCUCUGCCUCCUACAUAGACCUACAUAGACCGCAUUCUAAUUUUAUAAAUUACUAUUUAUAUAUCCAAAGAGUAGAUACAUAGAAUAGAACAUUCUAGAACUAAAAUGACUUCUGGAAAUAGCUUACAUUCUAAAAGGUAGAGGAUUAGUAAUAAAGGGCUUGUAUUACACUACAACUUGGUGUAUUGCAACUCCAGACUUCUGAAAUGAAGACCUGUAAGUGCUGUAUGCACAGGCGUGGCCUCUAAGUGUAAUGUUUGAACUAUUUUCCUGAAUAGAAACGGAAUUCUUGUAAUCUUAGCUGGCUCACGCUGAGACAUAGGGACAUUGUCUACUUCAGGUCCACUUUGUCUAGGGAGGAUACUAACUACUUGGAGCGCUGUCAUCUGUUCUAGGUUUGUUCCCAUAACCACAUACUUGUGAUGAUGUUUAGCUGCUAAGACAGAGAUUUUUAAUAUCCUCUAAUAAAAUCAAGCCAUCAUAACAAUGUGCUAUAAUAAAAGCUGUGAAGAUGGGC